AAUCACUUCAGAUCAACAGAACAUCUAGUCGCAACCUCACGUGUUACAUGCGAGCUCUUUUCGAUUAUUACCCGAAAGAAGAUUCCUUAUUGCCUUGUAAAGAAAUUGGUUUAGAAUUCCAGAAAGGAGAUAUAUUACAGAUAGUAGAUAAUAAAGACCCAAAUUGGUGGCAAGCCAAGCACGUCGGAGGCUUAGGACCUGCAGGUUUGAUACCAUCUCAAGAACUCGAAGAAAGACGACAAGCAUAUGUCGCUCCCGAGGCUGAUUAUGUACAUAAAAUUAGCAUAUGUGGAACAAGGAUAUCUAAGAAGAAACGAAAAACAAUGUACCAAUCACACAGUAACAACCAGUUCGACAAAGCCGAUAUCAUGUGCUAUGAAGAAGUGACCAGAAUGCCUCCUUUCAAACGAAAAACAUUAGUUUUAAUUGGAUCUCAGGGUGUAGGCAGAAGGACGUUAAAAAAUCGACUGAUAAAUAGCGAUCCGAAUAAAUUUGGAACCAUUGUGCCUUGGACGUCUCGACCUCCUAGAGUUUUGGAAGAAAAUGGGCGCAGUUAUUGGUUCGUGGAUCGAGAGACUAUGGAGAACGAAAUCAGGGAACACAAAUUUUUGGAACAUGGAGAACAUAAUGGCCAUCUUUACGGAACACAUUUAGACACAAUUCGGGAUGUCAUAAAACAAGGAAAAAUGUGUGUUUUAGAUUGUGCGCCAGGUGCACUGAAACUUUUGCACAACAGCACAGAAUUUAUGCCUUAUGUAGUUUUCAUAGCAGCCCCUGGAAUGGAGCAGCUCCAACAGAUGUAUAAUCACUUCAGAUCAACAGGAACAUCUAGUCGCAACCUCACGUUUGACAGACAAAGUUCCAUCAGAUACAGUUCGAGAAGGGCCAGGACCCUUGAAUCUCUUGCUUCUUUGUACGAGGAAGACGAUUUAAGAAGAACAGUUGAAGAAAGUGCUUGUCUUCAAAGAACAUACGAAAAAUACAUCGAUAUGUCGAUCAUCAAUGAAGAUUUCGAUACCACAUUCAGGGCAGUCGCCGAAGCUUUGGAAGCUCUCAGUUCGGAGCACCAAUGGGUUCCUGUAAACUGGAUAUAUUAGCUGGUAAUAAUCUAAAAAAAUAUAUUUUUUGUAAAUAUAACGAAUACGUGAAAAAUUUUGUGGACUAAU